UCAAGAUCACGCCCCCCACCCCCCUAAUCAUCCCCAAGCAGCGAAGACGAAGGCAGACGGACCUCCGGUGGCGAAUCAUCACCAGGAAGGCGGUCUAGCGCACAGGACAGGAAGCCAACGCCCUCGCCGGGCCUCGGUGGAGAUGAAGGCGAGGCGAGCCCAAGCUCGCCGGAGGUGCGGAUGUGCUCGGCCAAAGUGCUAGCAGGGCUGCGCCCCCCUCGCACCUCCGGCCAUGUUGUUGAAGAGGAAGCUAUGUGCGGUGCUGGCCAUUGCCGCCGUACUCCUCCUCAUGCUCGCCAGCCACAGCAUCCAGAGGAGACCCUUCUUGUCGCUGUCUUUUGCCACGCCCACACGAGACGCCAGCGGUCAGGAGACGGCGCCUCCUGCUGACGUCGGCGACACACACGAAGCAGUCGUCACCGCCACACCUGAGAAGCGGCCGGCGAAGAGCGAUGCCAGUCGGGAGACGAGGCCCUGCGCUUGUCCCGAGUCGUGCGUGUCAGACACGAGUGCCUCCGACUGGUUCCGCCUUCGCUACGAUGCUGGACAGCGGCCCGUCCUCCGCGACGCGAGCGAACGCUUGGACCCGGACGCGCUCGACUGGUGGCUGAGUCUCCAGCGUUCGGGCAACGACGGCACACUGCGGGAAGUGAUGUCGCACAUGUUCCAGAUCAUCUCGCCGCCUCCCGUGGACUUUGCGCCGCAGCCGUGGCGUUGCCGCACCUGCGCCGUGGUGGGGAACUCGGGCAACCUGCAGAAGUCGGUGCACGGGAAACUCAUCGACUCCCACACCUCUGUCAUCCGGAUGAACAAGGCGGUGACGCGGGGCUUCGAAAAGGACGUGGGGAACCGCACCACGCAUCACUUUGUGUACCCGGAGAGCGCCGUAGAUAUGGAGCGCGGCGUCCACCUCAUUCUGCUGCCCUUCAAGCUCCGAGAUAUGGAAUGGCUGACCAGUGCCCUCUCCACCGGCCACAUCAAAAUGACGUACACGCGGGUGAAAGAACGAGUAGAAGCCGAUAAAGACAAGGUGUUGGUGGUGAGCCCGGCGUUCUUCAAGUACGUCCACGAGCGCUGGACGGAGCGUCACGGCCGCUACCCGUCCACCGGGAUGCUGGCCAUAGUCUACGCGCUUCACACCUGCGACCAGGUGUCGGUGUUUGGUUACGGGGCCGACAAGCAGGGCAACUGGCACCACUACUGGGAGGAGAAUCGCUACGCUGGCGCCUUUCGCAAGACGGGUGUCCACAGCGCCGACUUUGAGACGCAAGUCAUCCGGCGGCUGGCCGAGGAGGGAAAGAUCCGACUGCACGCGUAAACCAAGCGGACACUGUCCGUCCUGGCCGGGCCUCCUUUGACACAGAACAAACAAAACCCAAGCGGCCCAAAUUCUCCUCGUCCAUUUUGUGCCUUUUUCCACAAGACUAUGGAGUGUCCUGUAAACACAAAAAAGACUGCUCUGAGAUGGGGAAUGACCACAUAACAGUUGUGUCUGUGUGGGGGGCGGGGGUUGUAUUAGUUAGC